CAUUCUGAGACCACCACAUUGCCUCGAUCGCAAUGGCGCACCUGGCCACCUGGCCUGGCGAGGCCAAGUUUUGUUGGGAAGCUGCCUGGGAGGGAGGAGGUACAAGCUCCGCGACCUGGCACCUGCCAGCGCCGGCUUCGGCAGCUGAUGGGCUAUUGCCCGCCGCUUCCACUGCAGGGAUGAUGACCUCAUCCUGCCAGAGCUCCAAAGCUCCAAAGUAAACAUCGCCCGCAAUACCUAGCCCGCUUCCAAGGCUGUCACGGCGCACAGCGCACCACCACCUCGAUCCAGAAAGUCUACCUCUUACACCGGCAACAAUUGGAAAGCAGCUUGUCCAGGACUGUGGCUUUUCAGGCGGCCCCCACACGGAAGGCUAGCCUAUGUCCUGCUGCACCUUCGGCUCCUGAUCUGUCACAGCAGACCCUGUGACGAUCUCGAGCAUGUCCGUGAUAGACGAUCAGGUCCGGCGGCUGGACGCCCAGCUCGACCGCAUCCCCUUCAACCACCUCGCUCCGCCUGGUCAUGGCGAGGCAUCGGGUUACGGCGCCGAAGAUCUCAACAGCCCCCGCGUCAGAGAGUUGCUCCGCAUCAUCAAGACUCUGUCCACCACCUCCGGCACGCACGCACAUUUACAUGCAGACCAGUUGCAGUCUUUGUUGUACCAGUCCAACCUGCUCGCCAACAAAAGCGAUGUCUACCCCGCCACGCACUACGAGGCAGAGCUCCAGUGGCUACUUGUCAGCAAGGCUACCGUGCGAACGUAUGGGAUUGUCCUGAGGACACUGCUCGACCAGAUUAUCCCUUUAAGCAACCACAUCUGGUAUUGGGAUGAUGUCGUAUCAUCGAAUACAUACAGCACUGUCUACAUGAUCCAGACCUCUCCCGCGCGGUUCUGGUCCUGGUCUUGGGACAUCUACCAAGACAGCAGGGUUCGACUGCAACAGCUUGCUACGCGGGUGUCGAGCAAAGAUCAUGACAACGCAGAGGGUCGAGCAGGCUCGCAAUCGGUUUCUUUAUCACAAGGCUGGCGGCAGUUCUAUUCAAUCGUGCAGGAGACGGUUCGAGAGCGGUCACUGGCCAAUGUCCAACGCCGCAUCAUGUCGCCUGUGGCGCAAUGCCGCGCUGAAGCCCGAAGGAAACAACACAAACUCAAGCGGCUGCGGGAGAUGACUGCCAGUGGACUCGGCGUCCUCAUAGACGAGGGCUUGGCUUUUGGUGGCAAUGGUAGUGAUGACGGCAAAAGCGACCUCAUAAUGUCACACAACCAGGAGUGGAAAGGCGUCGUGGAGAGAAGCGUUGCGCUCAUGGACAUGGUGCUCAGAGACGUGCUAACCAUGGAUAUGGGGGUGUCCGACUUUGAAGACAAGGUCUUCCAGGGCGUCGAAGAAGACCCCGAGUUGUCGAUACAGGUUGAGGAGGACGACUCAACCCGCCCCACGGUUGUCGCUAGGAGACUUCAGAAUCUCAUUCAAAAGCACCUUCCGUCGCAUGUUGCCGAGGCAGACAGCGUGAUCACACAGAACGGUCGACCAUCGCGACUGACGAGAUACUGGCUACCCAUGCUUGUGUUGACCCUCUCAUCGAGCACUAUUCUUCGCAUUCUGGUCAACAGGAAACAGGCCGUCAUCGAGUGGAUACGUGGCUUUGGUGAGACAGUCCAAGACUUCUGGUUCAACUGGGUGGUCGAGCCGGUGCGCAAGGUCAUCGGAACCAUUCGUCACGAUCAGAAUAGCGAGAUUGCGUUGAUGAGCCGGGAUAGCCUAAGAGCCGACAGAGCUAGCUUGGAACGCAUGGUGGUUGACUUUGCUGUCGACAGGCCCGCCUCCGCGACGGGGGCGUCCAGUUUGUCUGAAAGCCAGAUCGCUGAAAUCCGCGCCAAGGUCAAGGAAGGCGACCUCACACCUGUCCUGCGCGCCUACGAGAACGAUCUACGCAGGCCCGUUAUGGGUACCAUCCGAGGCGACUUGGUACGGACACUGCUGAUUCAGGUGCAAAAGACCAAGGUCGAUGUCGAGGUUGCCAUGGCGGGUAUCGACUCCCUCCUGAAAUCCCAGGAGCUUGUGUUUGGCUUUGUAGGCCUGACACCAGGUAUCCUUGUUUCCGUGUCUGCGUUCCGCUACCUGCGGACUGCACUUGGCGGCAGAAAGGGCAUGACCACCCAGCAAAAGGUUGGAAAGUGUGUACGGGUGCUGCGCAACAUUGAUCGCAUCUUCUCCGAGGCCACGCCGUCGCCCAACAAUGUCUUGUCCUACAAAGACCACGGUCUGCUCGUGUGCGAGGUGCAUGUACUAAGAGAGCUGGCGCAUUCGGUCUUGCCAUCGGACAUUGAAAAGGAAUUUUUGGAGGAUGUGGACGACCUGGCGAACCUCAAAGGGAUUCAGCAGCAACUGCGAGCACUGGACCGCAUACGGUGGGCUUACGCGAGGUGGCUGCAGUAGGGACGGACAGACAGCAGAGCAUUUAUGCUAGACCAUAAUAGACAUGGACAAUGUUGAUCCAGG